CACCCGAGAGCUGAGCGAGACGUGGUUACCCAGACGAAAAAGAAGGAUUGUUUGUUGCAGACAUGGCUGGAGGACCCAUGCAACUGGACUUGAGCAAUGCUCAAGUCACCACCGACGAGCAAGGUAGACCCUUCAUCAUUGUCCGAGACCAGGGCAAGAAGACCAGAACGCAUGGUACCGAGGCCGUUAAGCAACAUAUUCACGCCGCCCGCGCAGUUUCGUCCAUAGUCAAAACAUCAUUAGGCCCCAGAGGUUUAGACAAGAUUCUAAUCUCUCCUGAUGGCGACAUCACCGUGACCAACGACGGCGCAACCAUCUUGAGUCAGAUGGAAAUCACCAACAACAUCGCCAAGCUAUUGGUUUCCCUAUCACAGUCACAGGAUGCUGAGAUCGGUGAUGGAACCACUGGUGUAGUGGUUUUGGCCGGUGCACUGUUGGAGCAAGCGGCCGAGCUCAUCGACAAGGGCAUCCAUCCGAUCCGCAUCGCCGACGGCUAUGAUGCAGCAUGUGAGGUUGCUGUGGCCGAACUGGACCGCAUCUCCGACGUUAUGCCCUUCAGCAAGGAGUCGACGGGAAAUUUGCUCAAGGUCGCCAAAACCUCGUUGGGCAGCAAAAUCGUGUCCAAAGCACAUGAUCAAUUCGCACAGAUCGCCGUGGAUGCCGUGCUCUCCGUCGCUGAUUUGGAACGGAAAGACGUGGAUUUUGAGCUCAUUAAGGUCGAUGGCAAGGUAGGAGGGUCACUCGAGGAUACACUAUUGGUAAAGGGUGUCAUCGUGGACAAGGACUUCUCACAUCCGCAAAUGCCUUCAGAGGUUCACGAUGCGAAAAUUGCUAUUCUUACCUGUGCAUUCGAGCCCCCGAAGCCGAAGACGAAGCACAAACUCGACAUCACCAGCGUCGCCGAAUUUAAGGAGUUGCAGAAAUACGAGCAGGCCAAGUUUGCAGAGAUGAUUCAGCAGAUCAAAGACACCGGCGCCAACGUGGUCAUCUGUCAAUGGGGGUUCGAUGAUGAGGCCAAUCAUUUGCUUCUCACAAACAAUUUGCCCGCGGUUCGCUGGGUGGGAGGACCUGAAAUCGAAUUAAUCGCCAUUGCCACCAACGGAAGAAUCGUCCCCAGAUUCGAAGACUUGAGCGCGCAAAAACUAGGGAAAGCUGGUCUGGUCCGUGAGAUGUCUUUCGGUACAACGCGAGAGAAGAUGCUUGUGAUCGAGGAGUGUGCGAAUUCACGCGCAGUCACCUGCUUCAUCCGUGGAAGUAACAAGAUGAUCAUCGACGAGGCCAAACGCUCGCUACAUGAUGCACUCUGUGUGGUUCGCAACCUCGUCAGAGAUAACCGCAUUGUCUAUGGUGGUGGCUCUGCAGAAAUCGCGUGCUCGUUGGCGGUCGAAAAGAAAGCGCUUCAAACGCCUGGUCUUGAACAAUAUAGCAUGCGUGCUUUCGCAGCCGCUCUCGAUGCAGUCCCGAUGGCAUUGGCCGAGAAUAGCGGACUGAGCCCAAUUGAGACUUUGUCCGACAUCAAGGCCCGUCAAAGCAAAGGUGAAGGCUGCGGACGAUUGGGUGUGGACUGUAUGCAAACGGGUUCUAAUGACAUGAAAGAGCAUUUCGUCAUUGAUCCCCUGAUCUCUAAGCGGUCGCAACUUCUCCUGGCGACGCAGCUUUGCCGCAUGGUCCUGAAGGUGAAUAAUGUCAUCAUUGCGGGCAGCGAUGACAAUGAUUUCUAAGAGCUUGAAAUGGCCCCUAGA